AUGUCCGCCAACCCAUCUCCCGUCGUGCCCUCUCCCGCACACAAAACACCACUCACACACUCAACGCGCGCCAACACCCGCGCAAAUACGCGUGCAAACACUCGCGCCAACACUCCCGCCGCACCCCAGGACCCAACAUCCCCAGAUCCAACCACCGCCCCGUUCCCGCCCCCGCAAACUUUCGACAUCCUCCCCCCUCUCCACACCCUCUUCAUCCGCCUCCUCUCCACCCCGCCGCACGCCCAACAAGCGGCCGCAGCUAACCCAGACAUCAUCAGUGCCCGGACCGACCCGGCGUCUCUCUCUACCCCCGGUGGCGAUACGACGGGGAUGCAUGCGCUGGACCCUCGUGCUCUGGUGACGGGAGCGAGUGCGGUGAAGAUACGGAUCCAAAAGGCAAGGAGUGCGGUUGAGGAGUUGCCGGAUAUACACAGGUCGGUGGAGGAGCAGGAAGCAGAGAUCAAGCAGUUGGAGCAGAGGAUUGUGCGGUUAAAGGGGAUCAUCCAGGAUUUUGGGCGGAGGAGCGGUGAGGUUGUGAAUGGGACAUGA